UCAGUCCUGGAAGGCGGAGAGAAGGGAAGUCUUCCUGUCGUGGCGACCGUGUUCGACAAACUCAACCAGGUGUACAAAGAAUACCUGGAGGCUGAGCAGAGCUACACGGUGGCGAUGGAGUCCGGUCCCAGUCGAGGCAGCGCGGCUCCGAAGCAUCCAAUCAGAACUCAGGCGGUCGUCGACCAAUCAGACAUGUACACACACGUCCUGUCGUCGUUCACAGAGAGGAAGGGCGCGCCCCAUAAGUUCAUCAUCGCGGUGCUGAUGGAGUACAUCCGCUCUCUGAACCAGUUCCAGAUCACCGUGCAGCAUUACUUGUACGAGUUGGUGAUAAAGACGCUGGUGCAGCACAGCCUGUUCUACAUGCUGCACCAGUUCCUCCAGUACCACGUCCUCAGUGACUCCAAACCUCUGGCGUGUUUGCUUCUGUCUCUGGAGAGCACGUAUCCUCCGGCUCACCAGCUCUCACUGGACAUGCUGAAGCGUCUCUCUACGGCCAACGAUGAGAUCGUGGAGGUUCUUCUGUCGAAGCAACAAGUUCUGUCAGCGCUGAGGUUCAUCCGCAGCGUCGGUGGCCAUGACAACGUGUCGUCCAGGAAGUUCCUGGACGCGGCGCGACAGACCGGAGACCAGAUGUUGUUCUACACCGUGUUCAGGUGCUUCCAGCAGAGGAACCAGCGGCUCAGAGGAAGUCCUGGAUUCAACCCCGGAGAGCACUGUGAGGAGCACGUGGUUCACUUCAAGCAGCUGUUUGGGGAUCAGGCUCUGAUGAAACCGUCCACCGUGUGAACCAGCAGAACCCAAAACAGACCGACUCACCUUCACACAGCGAGUUCAGAAGAAGACCAACAUGGGAACAAAUCAUCAUCAUCAUCAUCAUCACCAUCAUCACCAUCAUCAUCACCAUCAUCACCAUCCUCAUCAUCAUCACCAUCA